AUGUUGACCUUAGAAGCACUGCCCGAUGAAAUAUUAAUGCUUAUUAUUGGAUAUAGUGGAGAUGUUUAUAAUGUACUCAAAGCAUUUCUUGGACUAAAUCAACGACUGAAUAAUAUUCUCAUAGACAAACGUUUACAUCUACUUGCCGACCUAUUAAUUAUCGCAGAAGAUGAUAGAAAGUUUGACUAUUAUUGUAGGUGUAUAUUUCAAAAAGUAUCCCAGAGUGACAACAAUCGAUGUCAAAUAGAAGAACAAAUUCGGUCAUCUCUUCAGUCACUAGUAUUACUCCAAAUGAGAGACGGAUAUACGAGCUUGGAACAAGAAAUAAAAUCGCAAACCGAGCACAAUGAAUUAAUUCGUGAACAACUUAUAAAUGGUGAGGCUGUUGCGGUUGACAAUGAAUUAUAUGACGUAUUCAGGAACUUGGAACAUAAUUCGAUGAAUGCGGCUCAUAUUGAACAAACGCGUUCACUCAUCAGCUCACUUAUAAUGGCUAAAGGUGCAAGACUUAAAUGUGACGAUUAUGAAUUGGCCAGAUUUAACUUUGCCAAAGCUGUAAAUACAUUUUUAUUAUUCGCUAUUGCCAGUCCAACAAAACUUAAACAGACGGAGACAGUAUUUAAAGCAGGUUUUGUGACUGCUGAGGAUGAAUUCGUAUCAUCAAUGGACAUAUCUAAUUUUGUUGGGAAUGAUAUUAUGUUUUUGGAUACCUUCCAUCGUUUGGGAUUUAUAUCAUCAACAACUGGAAUGAAUUGGAACUUAUUAUCCAAACAAUCCAUGGUUAAUGUUACAAAAUCUCAACGCUUGAAAAUUGUUCAAGAUGCAGCUGGUCAAAUACAUCGCCACAUUUCGUAUUUCCAACCGUAUGGUGAUUACCGACGACAAUCAACACUCGGUGUCCUCAAACGACCAUUUACGGAAAUACAUAAAAAUGGCUACCUAUUGUGUGUCUGGUAUUAG